CCCACCUGGGGCUGCUCGGCCGGCUCCGCAGCCUAUUUUGCAUUAUUUGUGUUUAGGUGUGGCUCAUGCAGUGGGCCUCAGAUCACGUUCGACAGCAUUAGCGCCGGCUCAGGCUUGGGUUAUGACAUGAACGAGCAGUGAUCGAGGAUGAACUGGACGGGUCUGCAGAACCUCCUGAGCGGAGUGAAUAAAUACUCCACCGCCUUCGGCCGUGUGUGGCUGUCCAUGGUGUUUGUCUUCAGGGUGUUGGUGUUUGUCGUGGCAGCCCAGCGCGUUUGGGGCGACGACAGCAGAGACUUUGUUUGCAACACGAGGCAGCCUGGAUGCACCAAUGUGUGUUACGACAGCAUUUUUCCGAUUUCACACAUCCGCCUGUGGGCGCUGCAGCUCAUCUUCGUCACCUGCCCGUCUCUGCUGGUGGUGGCGCACGUCAAAUACAGAGAGGAAAAGGACAAGAAGUACGCCGAAGCCCACAAGGGCUCACACCUGUAUGCCAAUCCAGGGAAGAAAAGGGGUGGGCUCUGGUGGACCUACCUGCUGAGCCUGGUCUUCAAAGCUGGAUUCGACACAGCGUUUCUUUACAUUCUCUACUACAUUUACGACGGCUACGACAUGCCGCAGCUCUCCAAGUGUUCGCUGAAGCCAUGCCCCAACACCGUGGACUGCUUCAUCUCUCGGCCCACUGAGAAGAGAAUCUUCACGCUCUUCAUGGUGAUCACCUCCGCCAUCUGCAUCUUCAUGUGCGUGUGCGAGAUGUUCUACUUGAUCGGAAAGCGCAUCUGCAAAGUUCUCAGGGUCCAACAGGCCAAUGAGAGGAUGAUUGCCGUGGAGCGAGGUGAUGUUCCCGACCAGGCAACUCCAAAUUCCAAAUAUAUAAGGAUAGAUCCGACUCUGGGGAGCAACCAGAGCCUGAACAGGACAAACAAAACACAAGCUGCUAUGGAACAAAGUACCAUUUAAUGAGGGAAUCCACUGUAAAUACAGCACAUUAAUGGACAUGUAAUAGAUAGUUAUAUUAACACUGACCACUGCAGUGACGCUGACUUGGUGGUGGUCUGUUAGUGUGUGUUGCACUGGUACAAGUGGAUCAGACACAGCAGUG